AAAAAAAAGUAUCAAUCAUAUAUUUUUAACUAUCCAACCCUGGAUUCUUUUUGUAAUUAUAAGUUUAUGAAAGCCGGUUAAUAGACCUUGUUUGCAAUGUUUUUUAAUAUUUUAUCAUUGAUUGCUGUGGGCAUAUUAUGGGGCUGUACAAAUCCUUUUAUAAAAUUGGGUAGUCAAGGCAUUGAACAAAUAAAUACCGGUUCUUCCGCCAAAAAUAUAUGGCUAGAAUUGAAAACUAUUGCAUUGCGCCUAAAAUAUUGGGUGCCAUUUUUGCUGAAUCAAUCCGGCAGCGUCUUAUAUGUUUGGACUUUACAAUCUUGCAAUAUAACGGUUGCCGUUCCGGUGGCCAAUUCUUUGACCUUUGCUUUUACGGCUAUUACGGGAUAUAUGUUGGGGGAAAGAAUUCCCGGUAAAAAUAUUAUUAUUGGGACAUUAUUAGUCUGUGUCGGCUCUUCUUUUAUGUUAUAUGACCAAGUUAUAAGACAAACCUCAAAUUUAUUAGAAGUGAAAUAAAGAAAGACAACAAUUUAUAUAUAAAUUAACAAACCAUUA